AUGAUAAAGAAGACCUCGGGUACAGAAAUACGAGCUUUAGCUCGACAUAUAGGUAUGUCUGCUCAAAAAGCACGAAGGGUAAUUGAUCAAAUUCGCGGUUGCUCCUAUGAGCAAACACUUAUGAUACUGGAACUCAUGCCUUAUCGAGCAUGUUACCCCAUUUUCAAAUUAGUUUAUUCCGCAGCAGCAAAUGCUAGUCACAAUAGGGGUUUGAAAGAAGCUGAUUUAUUUAUUAGUAAAGCCGAAGUCAACGAAGGUGUUAUCGUCAAAAGGUUAAAACCGCGAGCUCGGGGACGUAGUUACCCAAUAAAAAGACCCACCUGUCAUAUAACUAUUGUAUUGAGCGAAAGACCUAACUUCAAUUUAAAAAAUAUUUGA